CUCCGCUUCCAUUGGCUGAUGCGGACGCCUCCGUCCACCCUCGUCGGCCGGAAUUUUCGGCAGGGAAGAAGCGCGUCUUUUCACCGAAGAACGCUCGUCGGCGCGGGGAAAGGGCAUUAUGCUUCCAACGCUUCGCCACUUCUGCCACGGCAGGACUCCUGCGCCCAUAACCAGCGUGGGCCCAGUUCGUAGAUACUUAUCCUGGGAAAACGAGCAGCGUUGCCGGGGGCAGCUUGAGGCGUCUACCAACCGAUACAGACAAGAAGUUGCGCCAGCAGCUGUUUUGGUGCCCCUGUGCUCUGUGGCUGGGGACCCAGCCAUCCUGUACACGCUGAGGUCCAGCACCAUGACUGGUGUGCACAAAGGAUCUGUCAGUUUCCCAGGUGGUAAGCGCGACAGCUCUGACCGGGAUCCCAUUGCCACGGCACUCAGGGAAACUCACGAAGAGUUGGGCCUGCGGGUAGAGGAGGACAGCGUCUGGGGAAUCAUGAGGCCUAUACCUGAUAAGACAAAAAUGAUGGUUAUGCCUGUGCUAGCUAACUUGGGUCCUCUGGAGCGCCUGACUCUGAAGCCUAAUCCCCAAGAGGUUGAGGCCGUUUUCACACUGUCUUUUCACCACUUGUUGCAAGAAGAGAACCAGGGCUACACUAACUUCUGCCUCAGGGGUUCCUACAGCUACACACUUCCUGUCUUCCUGCACGGUCCUCACCGUGUAUGGGGUCUCACAGCCAUGUUCACUGAUUUAACUCUGGAAUUGCUGGUGCCAGGGGCAUACCGCAGGCGGACUCAUGCGCCGGGCAGAUUGUGACCUUGGCUACCAAACUCUGCUCCCCUUUCCUAUGUUUGCCAAAGGACUUCGAUGCAGGUGGUGCUAAUUCCUUUCCUAAGUCACCAGAGUAUUUUCAAAACGCAAGUCUAUCCACUCUUGUUCGGCACACAGAAAUUGGCUUGUCCUGCUCCUGGUGCAAUUGCAUUUCAUCGUUAGUGGUCGGGGAACGAAUUGCCUAGCCACUUCUGCUAACAGCUGCUGCUACACUUGUUUAUGAAUAGACCUUGAAUAAACAGACACACUGGGAACUCGGUGCAGGUAUUUGUGAAUGUGUUGAAGACAGAACACAGCAGUAGGCAGUCAAAAGAGAUGUUGGUACAGUACUGGACAGUAGCUCAGCUCUAUUCAGUAGCACUUUGUUGACAGGUCAAGUUAAAUAAGGAUUUGCCAAGGUUCUUAGGUGUCCAUGUAAUGGCUCAGAACUGUGAGCAAAUGUUGAUCCCUACCUUCUUGUUUGAGGGACCCAGGUGGCGCUGUGGUUAAACCACAGAGCCUAGGGCUUGCUGAUCAGAAGGUCGGCGGUUCGAAUCCCUGUGACGGGGUGAGCUCCCGUUGCUUGGUCCCAGCUCCUGCCAACCUACCGUAGCAUUUUGAAAGCAUGUCAAAAUGCAAGUAGAUAAAUAGGAACCGCUACAGCAGGAAGGUAAACGGCGUUUCCAUGUGCUGCUCUGGUUUGCCAGAAGCGGCUUUGUCAUGCUGGCCACAUGACCUGGAAGCUAUACGCCGGCUCCCUCGGCCAAUAAUGCGAGAUGAGCGCGCAACCCCAGAGUCGGUCACGACUGGACCUAAUGGUCAGGGGUACCUUUACCUUUACCUUGUUGUUUAUGGUGCCAGGAUGCUUGGCUGAAGGAUGCUAUUCCCCGUUUUUUUUUCUAGUACUUGCCUUCACAACAUGUUUUCCUCACCUCGUGCAUAUGAGAAUUUGUUUGAUAUUCAAGCAAAUGAUCUCCAUACCCUUUCAGCCAAUUCCAUUUAACGUGGAAGUUGAGUUUAGGUUGUCCAUGUGGAUUGAACAAGAAUUUCUUGAACUAUGUGUACUUUAGAAUCAAACCGUUUUGUGACUCGCUAACACAGGAAUAUUUAAACACCCAUUCCAUUUUGUACUGGGUUAAGUCUGAAUUUUGUCUGAGUCACAGGCUGAGCUCCUGGGUCUUCAAGGCAUGGGACAUCUCCCCCCCCCCCAGUCAUUCGUACCCCUUUGGAUUUGCGAGGUGAGCGUGCACAGCUGCCCAGAAGACUUGUCAUUGAGGGUCAGGGGACAGUUUGUAGGACCAGGAGUCCCAAAGGAUGCUUUGUCAAGAGGUUACUGGGGGAGCCAAGGCUAUGAGGGGAGGAGGCUGAGUUGUUAAAUACAGUGGUACCUCGACUUGCAAAUGACUCGACCUAUGAAUGUUUCGAGUUACGAACAGAGUUCCGUCCGCCAUUUUGGAUGCAGUUUUUUAUGCACGAAUUUUUAGAUAGGAUUUUUCGGACUUACGAAUUUUUUUAAUUUCCCCCCCCAUUGGCUUCGACAUGAAUUUUUCGACUUACGAAGGUCCGUUCGGAACGGAUUAAAUUCGUAAGUCGAGGUACCACUGUACACAGCUUUCACUCACCAUUGAAGAGGAUGACUCAGAAGCCUUGCCUCCAGCAAGUUGAGGAGUGCUUCACAUAAAAUUGAUUUAGCCAUCUCUACUUAGAACUGAUAUCCAUGAGGAAGCUGUUUCUUGUGAAGUGCCGUUAACUAGUAGAGCAUAUGCCUCUCUGUGAUAGUUUUCAAAUACAGUAUAUACAGUGGUACCUCAGGUUAAGUACUUAAUUGGUUCUGGAAGUCUGUACUUAACCUGAAGCGUACUCAACCUGAAGUGUACUUAACCCAAGGUAUGACUAUACUCUUAAUUUCAGGGUUUAAAAUAUUACUUUCUUUGGUCAAUAGGUGGCAGUGCCACCUUAAGAGAACCCAGAGGGUUCUUUGGUGGUUUAUCGGCUCCUUAAGAGUGGAGACAGCCAGGACACCAGGGCGACUAGCUCUGGAGAGAGCAGCCUGCUCCUCCCAGCAACAUUUUCCCCUGAGAGGAAUGCAAGAUUUGACUACCUCCUGCAGAGGGACAGGCAGGCUGGCCUUCCUGUUUGGAUGAAAUCACUGGGGCAGAAAGUCAGAGGCAUGUCUCUGGAGAGCUCAAUAACGGGAAUCCUCUGCCUGGGCCACGCUUGAAAAUUCACUGACUAGUUCCAAGAAUGGUCUUCAUUUGGUUCACUGGGGAAAAUGACAAGCAAUCAAACCACAGGAAAGAUCUGUAGAAGUUCUUUCAGGCCACUGAAUAAAAGGACAGAAAAGGCUAAAUUUCAGUGUUUUAGUAUUGUUUUCCCUUUCUGAGCCAAGGGUAACCCCAUCUUUUAAUAAAAAAUUCCUUCAGUAGCACCUUAAAGACCAACUAAGUUUUUAUUUUGGUAUGAGCUUUUGUGUGCAUGCACACUUCUUCAGGUAUUAAUGAGGAUGCAUUAAUAUUACAUUUUCAUUCUUAGUAAUAGUAAAUUAUUUUAAGAUGUAUUAAAAUACCUGCUUUUUAUCUGCUCAUGUUUUCUGAAAAUAUCAGGAAAUGGCAAAGCUGCAUGGAAACUUAGUGCUACUGAUGCUACUGUUUAGGGUUCUUUGUUGAACUUUCCAUAACGUUGGGGUUGCAGUUCCAUUUGCUCCAAAAUAAAUGUAUUUGGCUCAAGCUGGUAUAUUUAGUAGGAGGGAAUUGUCAUAUUGAGCGGAACAGAGUAAGAAGAAAGAGGGUUCUUUGGUGGUUUAUCGGCUCCUUAGAGUGGAGUUUGAUUAGGAGACAGCCAGGACACCAGGGCGACUACGGUAGCUCUGGAGAGAGCAGCCUGCUCCUCCCAGCAACAUUUCCCCCUGCCCGUUUAUGGCAGUGAAUGCUAAAAAGGAUACUGUUCUAAAUAGCAAAAACUAUAGUGUCCCUCCUGCUAUCGCUCAGUGCUGGCUCAAGACGUUUUGCAGACUGAAGCAGAUCCCAAAGAGCAGACCCCGCCCGGUGCAGGCAGUGCUUUAAAAAGUAUUGCGGUUCGAGGACCCGCCCCCGCGGGAAAUGAAGACACAGUGACACAUGGUUUUUGAGAUAAUGGGUAAAAUAAGGCCACAACUUUAUUGGUUAGAGCAAGUGAGAGGUAUUGGCUUAGGCAUUGGACACCCUAGCAAGCAUGACUCCACCGCGCUCAGCGGGGGGUCAUAUCAGGUUAACACCCCAAGGGAGGAGCCUGUUGAUGCAAAUACAACUGAAAGCUCCCCCUGGUGUCACCGGGGGUCGUGCCAUGGCCCUAGCCUCAGCAGGGCAUUGGACGGGAUCCACGACCGCCGGAUCCCUUAAGGGGAUACCCCUAUAAGAGGGGGGUUGGAUGAUGACCACAACCAGUCCUCAAACACACCAGAUGACUCCAUAUUCCAAUGCCGAACCGCCAAAUACCAAAAGAAGUUGUGACGAAUUGCUACGAGGUAGGCGAAAAAACCAAGAGGCCUGUGCCAAUUAGCCAAAUGGAUAAAAAACUCCUACCAGGCCCCUUGGGCAACCAAGGCAACCAACCGAAGUCCAUAGCAAGGUCAAAGCGCACACACAAAGGGAAGACCUAAAGGGAGGGUGGGCAGGAGAUCCUUUGUGAUGCAGCAGGAGAAGGAGGAUUCCCCUGCUGCCGCGCCAAUUUAAACCUCCCCAAACCCCGCCCCCAGGCUGGCCCUAUUGGCCAGCCGGAGGCUUAGCGCGACAGCGGGGAUUGGCUGCAGCAGGGGGCCGAUACAUACCCCCCUGCUUGCCGCGAGGAGCGUGUCCCGCCCGCAAAGUCUCCCCUCGCCGAGGAGGAGAGAUCUUGUGGCAACAUUUAGACACCAGUUCCUGCCUUCAUAUUCUACCACCUCAUGGUGUUGCCUGAGAUGGGAGUCUUCACUCUGCCAUAUGAUAGGGCUGGCUGGCCCUGGUUAUCCUCCUUACUGAAAACUUUGAGCAUCUCAGCACAGCUAUUGUGUAGAAAAAUUGAAGAAAGUGCUUGUGCGCUGUACCUUCUGACACAUCUUGGCACAACUGCUGCCUGCAAGAAAGUGCUUGCCUUCUUCUCAGUCACAGGAAUCCAUAGGUGCAAACACAGCAAGUAUUUACUUUCUCAAAUUCUGCUUAUUCGGAAGAGCAGCAAGGAGGCUGUCAGCUACAGCAUGGAGUGGAACUGACAUUAUAUCCCCGAAGCAUUUAAAAGCGUGCACAUAACACAUUCCUCGAAGAAGGGGGGAUUUAGGAUAAUUUACGCUAUAGAACUACUUGGAUCGAUUCCACCUGCCCUUUAAGAAACAUUCCACACAUUUUUCCCUCACAAAGAAGCUGUCUGAUGAAUUGUUAGGUGUUUUGUCAAGCUUGUGUGUAUGGAGUUCUUUUGUUAUUUUGGGUGGGUUUUUUAAAUGUUUCAACAGAAGGAUUUUAGCUCAGGCAGUGACAUUGGAAUACUGUGAGAUUAAAGUGACAAUAAUCCUCCAGUGAGGAAGAUUGAGUGGUGCAAGUUGACAAAAUAUAUUGCUUAAUUACUUUAUGCAAGUAUCUCUCUUCUCUCUCUCUCUCUCUCUCUCUCUCUCUCUCUCU